AUGAGCAAGAUUGUUAAGCAUAAUAGCAAGCUUUAAUAAAAGGUUAAGAAAUUCAAGAUCAAUGAAGCUAGUGAAGAUAAGGACACCAAUGAAGAAGAUGAUGAUAUAUAAAAUUUUGAACACUUAGAUGUAUAAAAGUAGAAAAAAAUUCAAAGCAGCAAAUAAGCAACUUCUUCAUCUUCUUCAAAUUACCAUUUAGCUAAUUAAAAUAAUUCAAAGCUUUAUGCAUAAGAUAUUUCGUUCACAAUAGACGAGUCAGAGGAAGAAUUAGCUAUCCCUAAUUAACCAUUAAAACAUGCGUUCAAGAAAAAAAUUAGAAAUAGUAGUUAGAGCAGCAGUAGCGAACGAGAUGAAUUUGCUAAUUUAAAAAGUAAUUAAGAUGCUGCUUAAAGAAAUGCUAAGUAGAAUAACGGCAAAAAAGUUAAUAACAGUAAAGGAUUUCCUGCAGUGAAUUAUUCAAAUUAGUAAGAUUAUAAAAGCGCCCCAGAUAUGAAAGACAGCUCUAAGUAUAAAAAUAAAGAAAUCUCUUCUAAGUAGGAUAUUUAAAAGCUUUCAAAAAAUUUUGAAAAUGAUUAACUUAUCAAUAAACCUUAAAAAAAAAUUAAACGAGACACUUUUUCGUCAAAAUUUGUAAAUGAGGAAAAAAAUUAAAUAGAAGGAGAAAGAACUAAUAAUUCUGAUAAAAGCAUCGAGACAGCAAUAAAUAAUAAAGAAAAUCUUAAAAAUGGAUCACUAAGUAACCAAAAUUAAAAGGUUUUAACUAACUUUAAUCAGUAAAAUCAAAAUCUAAAUGAAAAACCAAGCAUCAAAGCAUUGUUUUUGGAAGAAAAUGAAGAUAUGUCAACAAAUAAUAAAUAGGUUAAAAAGAAAGAUUAAGCAUUACACAUCCAAGUUAUAGAUUUGGAAGUGUCUGACGAUGAAAGGAAGAAUGUUUAUUUGCAAAAAGGAGAAAAGCAACAAGAAUUAGAAUAAUCUGCUAUUGAAUAAAAGAUAAUUAAAGGUUACUCUUCUGUUUCUUAGAAAAAAUUAAAAUAAGAGAAUAAGCUAAAUAGUAGCUUUGAUAGCUACAGUAAUGCAGAUGGAUUAUCUAUAUAGGCUUAAGGAUCUAAUUCCUCUCAGAUGGAUAUCAGAUCUAUCAAUUAAGUUAAUUUGUUAGAUAAUGGUGAUAAUGAUAGUAUUUUGUGCAAUUAUAGCAAUCUUGAUGAAGAUUAGGAUUAAAAUUAUAGUAAUUUAAUUGGAUUAACUAGCAAUAACUUAAAUAAUAGUUACAUGGAGGAUGAAGAAGAUGAUUUAUUUGACACUAUUAAAAUUAAAAAAAAGACUAAUGCAUAUGAAAUAAUCAAUCAAACAGGUGAUUUAAAUAAGCAGAUUAACACGAAUAUGAGAUUUAAUCAUAAUAAUUCUCAUAAGAGUGGAAUUUCAUCUGAUAGUUCACUUCAAAUUCACUAGAAGUCACCAUCAAAAUAACCAGCUAGAAGUAGUUUUAGUCCUAUAUAAAAUAUGAAGAAAGAUUAAUAAAACAAUAUGAGCAGUAGUAAUUUUAGUCAUUCUGUUAGUGCUAAUUAGCUUAACAUUACAAGUAAUAAAAAAAAAGAUGCCAAAGGUUAACAAGGAUUAAGUUCAAACCAAAGCAAAAUUAAUAUAGAUUAUUAACAAGAAGAACUUUAGAAUAUUAGUAAUAUAGAGGAAGAAAUUUUUGAGGUCAACGAGCUUCCAAAAGAAAAAACUAGAAUUUUAUGGAUAUUUAAUAGCGUUCAUUUUAUUGAGAGGCUAACAAAUAAUGGACAUUUUCUUGAAGGUUAGGAAAUAAUAACUUAAAAUGGUAAAAAAUGGAUAUUGUAGAUUUCGUACAAUGAAAAGUUAUAGCAGAUAGAGUGUGUUUUUAGCAGAUAAAAGAAGGAAGAUACUUCAAAACAAUAAUUUUAUUAUUUGUUUAAAUUUUAUGCUUUGAGCCAAACAGAAAGUAUCAUUGAUAAAAGCUAUAACGGAAAUAAAACAUUUUCUAUUGAAAGUCUUUCACAAUCAUUUAAUUUCCCUUUAGAUAUUGAAUUAAUUCUUGAAAAAUACUAACAUAUCAUUUUUGAGUUGACUCUUACACCAAAUAGAUUGUAAUUUUAUAAUUCCAAGGAAGAAACUAACUAUGUUGGACUUUUAAAUGAAGGUCAAACUUGCUAUAUGAAUUCUUAUCUUUAAACGCUAUUUCAUAUCAAAGCAUUUGUAAAAUUAGUGUACUCUAUUCCAACUGAUAAAGAAUCAGAGCCUGUUUUUCCUAAUUCUUUGUAGGUCCUCUUCUAUUAGCUCCAAAGUAGAGGGAGUUAUUGUACAACUACAGAGUUGCUUAAAAGUUUUUAAUGGGAUAAAUCUAAAGCAAGAAUACAGUAAGAUGUCCAAGAAUUCUCUUGCCUUUUUAUAGAAUAUUUAGAAAGCAAGGCAGAAAAAAUUCCAUAACUCAAAGGUUAAAUAAAACACCUUUUCUAAGGUAAGAUUUAAAAUUACAUAAAGUGCAUUAACGUUGAAUAUGAAAGUGUUAGAGAGGAAUCCUUUUUUGAGAUCAGCUUAAAUUUGAAAGGAUGCAAAAACAUAUACGAAUCGCUAGAUGAUUAUGUAAAAGAAGAGUUACUAGAAAAGGAUAACAAGUAUGAUACUGGUGAUGCAAGAUAUUAAAAAUAAGAUGCGAAAAAGGGAAUAAAAAUAUUGGAAUUGCCACCAGUUUUAUUUUUCCACUUGAAGAGAUUCUAAUUUGAUUACUAAACAGGAAGAAAUAUAAAAAUAGUUGAUUAACAUCAAUAUUACGAGGAAAUAGACAUGACAAAAUAUAUUGCAAAUCCCACAAAAGACGAGUGCUACAAAUAUUAAUUAUUCGCUGUGUUGGUCCACAGUGGAGAUUUUUCUUCUUCAGGACAUUAUUAUGCCUACAUACGUCCUGAUCCUAAACAAAAUAACUGGUUCAAAUUCAAUGAUUCUAUUGUGGAAAAAUCUUCUAAAAAGCAGGCACUUGAUUACUCUUUUGGAGGAAAAGUAUUUUUUAAAGGCUUUGAUAAAACCAAAAAAUAAUUGGCAUAUGAAAAUAUGUCAAUAAACUCAACUGCUUACAUGUUAGUGUAUAUAAACAAAAGAGAAAUUAAUAAUAUCUUAGCUGAAAUUCCAAUAUAAAAUGUACCAAAGUGGGUAAUCGACCAAGAAGAUUAACUCAUUUAAAAUUAUCUUCUUAAAUAAAAGUUAUCAAGGAUUGUUUAAGUAAGGAUAACCUCGUUUGAUUUACUAAAGAAAUAGCAACAGACUUGUGGAAUUUACUUUUAAAAAUAAACCAAAAGAGAUGAAUAACCAGAAAUAAACGAGAGCAUAAUUUAUAAGAAAGAAGUGGAUAAAAGCAAAACAUUUAAGGAGUUUUUUGAGGAGUUAUGCUCUGAAAUCGGAGCGGAACCUGAAGAUUUAGGUUUAUGGAAAAUUGAUUACCUUCCCAAUAGCGUGGAAAAAUUAACAAACUAAAUCAAAAAACUAGUGACACAUGGAUAGGAGUUAAUAGAAAAAGUAUAUUUUGAAAACUUCCCCAACUAAUAAAAUUCUAAUACAGCUACAAACUUAAAUUAAUACCCAGCUCCUGUAUUUGUAAUCAUACCCAUUAGCACAAGCAAAUUUGUGGGUAACAGAUAAAUAUUCUAACAAGGGCCAGAUGGCUAGAUUGAAAUAAAAAAGCAAGAUAAAAUUUCAUCAAAUGGUGAGAAGCGAAUGAGCUCUUAAAAUGACUGGAACAGGUAUUUCUAAUUUUAAGAAGGAACCCUAAUGCUAAUUAUUAUUAAGAGUUUCGAAUACACAAAAGAGGGAGUUAAAAUAUAAUUUAUAGAUUAUAUUUAUUACAAUCCACUUAGUACAUUUUCUUAGCUCUCUGAAGAAAUAAUCAAAAAGAAGAGACUUGAUAUGUGUUCAUUUUAAUUCUACAAAGAAGAAAGUUAUAAUGUCCAAAAGUUAAGUGUAGAAGUAAAUGGCCAAACCCACUUAAAGAAUAUAUUUAAUUCUACAGAUUGUGGAGUCAUCAUCAUUUCUUACGAGUCUAAAUUAUCCAAAGAAAACAAUAUUUCCAUUAUAAGCUACUAUUAAUAGUUAGAAGAUCAAGUAAGAGUAAGAUUUGUGUUUUCUUCCAACCCUCUCUCUGUAAAUACAGUCUCAGCGAGUAUGAAUUCUGCCACAUCUCCCUUUUAAAAUAUAUAAUAAAAUGCAAAUAAAUUAAACAAUUAAUAAAGUGCAGUUGCUAAUACCUUUUUUACUGAUACAUCAAACAAUCAAAAUAAGAUAAAUACAACAUAAAUAGAUCCUCAUCAAUUCCUUAAAAACUUUUAACUUAAUAGCCUUUUACCAAAUGAAGGCAUCUAAUUUGAUAAAAUAUUCUUAAAAACAAUAAAAUACUCAUAAUUGUAGAUGAGCUUAUUUAAUUGUCUCAAAGAAUAUUUAAGAGAGUAAAUCAAAUAAUAUUAUCCAUAUCAAUCAGAUUCUCCAAACUCCAUGGAGAGUGAAGAAGUUGUAAAAAGUUCUAACUUUUUAACGAACCCUAAAAAGCUUACUCAAAAUGUCAACAUUUAGGCCAUAGAGCAAUUUAUAAAUCUUGAUGAUUCCUUCCAUGAAUAUAUAUUAUUUAAGUGCAAGAUGAGAAAGAGAAAUAUAGAAGAAAUCCCUUUUUUCCAAAGCUCUGUGAGCGAAACAUCUCUUCAAGAUUUAUUUAAGCAUUUUGACAAUACAAUAGUUCUGCAUUUUGAUUUUUCCAAAUCCUUAAGGGCCAAAGACAGAGAUUAGAAAUUAGUAAUUGAGUAUGUUCUGUAUUCCAACUCCUUUAAUAAAAUAUAUGCCAACUAAGUCAUUGACAUAGAUAAAACUGCCAACAUGCAGACACUUGGAAAUUUACUUAAAUAAUAAAAAUUUUUCAAAGAAUAUAUGUAAGCAGAAUAAGAUUAUGCACAAAAACAAGGUAUAAUACCACCUUCAAUUGUAAAGGUAUGUUAGCUCUCAAGAGAUAAUCCAAAUAGGAUUGAGCUGUAUUAUACAGAAUCUACAAAGCUUAAUACCAUAAAAAAGAAUUAGUUAAUAAGAGUAGAAUUGCAUUAAGAAAUUAAAGAAUCUGAAAUCCUAUAUAUUUGCCAUUAAACUACUAAAAAUGGAGUAGAAGCAUUUGAUAAUCCAUUCUCUUUCCCAUUAUCUGUAUAUUGGAAGGUUAAAGAAUUAAAAAAUAAAGUUGUUUAAAUUUUAACAGACCGUUAAAUAAUAUUUGAUGGUAAAAAGGUAGAGGUCAACAGAGAUAAUCUAUAAAUAAUUCUAUACUCUGAAUAUUCAAAAUACGACAGUGCUUCAUUGCAAGUGGAAGACACUAAUGAGAAAUUAAUAAAGCAUGAAAUAGAUAUAGACUCAUUUAAAAAUAAAUGUGGGUAUUUAGAAAUACAACACAUAAAUUUAUUGUCUUCGACAGAUAACAAAGCAAUCAAAUUUGACAUAAAUUGA